AUGCUGUCAGCCCCCCAAGCACAGGCGUCCCUCACCUCCGCGUCCACCCUGGGCAGACUCCCUGCCUACGUGCCGCAGCUGCGGCUGGUCACCCCGGGGCCAGUGGCAGCACCCAGCUGUGGCCAAGACGUCUCCGCAGUGAAGAGGGCGUGGAGCGCCCGGGAGGAGGAGGACCCUGCCCUCACAGAGCCCCCAGAUGCUCGGAGAAGGUGCCCUAAAGGUGCCGGGGCAGCACAGCCGGCAUUCAGGCCCUUCGGUGUGGACAGAAGCCUGUGUUCCUUCGUGCCCAGGCCUGGGCCUCUGCACAGAAGCCUCCCCGCAGAGAGAGCAGCCGACGCAGCAGACAACAAGUCCCACACGUCCAGCAGGAGCUCGUGCAGCACUCGAAAUGCCAUCAGCAGCUCCUACAGCUCCACCAGGGAGUUCCCGUCCGUGCAGAGGAGGAGGGGUCCAGCCAGAAGACAGGGCCGGCUGCCCCCGAGGCCCCCAGGGAAAGUCAGCCAAGACAGCCCCUCGUGUCCCGCUGCGCCUCCUGUGCCCUGCCAGAUGAAGAACCAGCGCCAGCAGGAGGCAGGUGCCACCACGGGGCAGAAAGAACCCUGCAAGGACCGCUCACCCACGUCUGACUGCUCCAGGCCCCGAAGACGCAAGAUCCCUCUGCUGCCACACAGGCCAGGGGGUCCUGUGCGGCUGCCGCCAGCCCCUGAGCUCGGCUUUCGAGUCACCGCUGUGGACCUAGACGGGGAGAAGAAAGCCGCCCUCCAGCGCAUCGACCGUGCUCUGCGAGGGGAGGUGGAGGGCGUCUCGAGGUGCGGCUCCAGGUGCCCUUCCAGUGCCUUGCCCAGGCCUGCUGCUCGGGCCGUUGUACUGCCAGCUGUCGCUCCAGCCCCUGGCCUGAGUGCACAGCGGGCGGAGCAGGACUCCCCGGGUCCCCUGGCUGUCCUGUCGCCUGGUGGAGGGGCUGUCUCUGUGCCGCCUCUGUCUCGGGGGGAGCCCAGCUCCCCUGGCGCCACCUCCUGCCUGUCACAGCCCCUCCCUGGCACCUGUGCACGAUCCUCACCUCCAGCCCCAUGCACCUUGCUGGCCUCUGCUUCCUGCCCGGGAUGGGGAUCGGGCAGGGCUGACCUGUGUGCCGAGGCCCCGGACCCCUCCAGGCCUGCUCCCUGCUCUGCAUCAGGCCUGGCGUGUGCACGGAGCAGCCCAGCUCCUGGCUGUUCCAUUCCCGCAGCUGCUGCAGAGUCCCUGCGCCCCCCCAGGGUGAAGCGCGGCAGGCACUGCCCUCGGAUGGGAGGCGAGGGAGGGGGCUCUCUGCCAACCAACUGGGUCAGCGGUUUAACGGAUGCCAGCUGUGCCUUCCCCGCUGUUACCAGCACCUCCAGAACGCAGUGCCCUAGCCCCAUGUGUGUUGACUGUCCCGUGUUCAGCUCCCGGAGCUCCCCUCCCGCCGUGGGGCCUCGUGCCCCCCCUUCCAGGAGCCUGCCGGUCACUUGUGCUGUCCCUUCCAGCCCCUCAAGCGGCACAUCCGCAGGCUUGGCUCCCCAGCCAGCCUCUGACGGCCAGGUCACCCCCAUGGACUGCACUCCCCCUUGCCAGCCUCUGCUCUUGGGGUCUCCCCCUGGCUCCAGUGGGAGCUUCUUUCCAUCUGCCCAGGCCCUUCCGAUGCCCUCCAGAGACAGCAUGGGCUCAGUCACAGCCACCACUGGCCUGCACACGCUGGGGCUCUGGAGCCACAGCCCACCUGGGAACCGUCCCCGUGGGAACCCAGGAACCCCAGCUCAGCCCACAUUCGGGGCCACUGACGGGCAGUGUCAGGGAGCCACCAGCCUUCGCAGCGCUGUCCCCUAUGGACAACGGGCAGCUCCAGCCUCAACCGCUGCCGUGGUCCUGACCUCGGCUCUAGGCCGGCUCUCCUUGGGCAGCGCCACACAGGUGGCUUUCGGGGGUUCCUCGCCCACCUCCUGCACCUCGGGGACCCAUGCUGGCACCCAGCCAGGCGUUGCUGCCACCCCAGCUGUCGUGCCCCCCGGCACGGCCACCGCCCCUAGCUCCAUGACCAAUGCUGGGCCCAACAGCCGGCAGCCCUGCCCAAUAGCUGGCGGUGCAAGCCCAGCCCCCUUGAGCUUGGGGGUUGGCGCAGCCCCCGCAGGCUUGGGGAGGAGACAGGCUGCCCCAGGUCGGAAGCGCACCUUUGGAGCUCUCAGCGUGACGCCACAAACCAGCGGGGCCCCGAGCGGCACACACCGCUCUGGGGACAGCUUGGGCCCGAACACCCGGGGCCACCCUUGCGGGAGCACCCCCAUCACCACCGCCCGAGCCAGCACUCAACACAACCCUGUGUCUGGAGCCCCGAAAGCCCCUCGUGUGAGUCCCAGCCCGAGGCACUUAGCGGCUCAGAGGCCCCCGAGGCCCAGCCCAGAGCCCAGCAGCACUGCCAGCGAGGCCACCUGCAGGGUCGCGUGGGUCCCAGGCCCUACUCCUCCCGGCGCUGCCUCUGUGCUGAGCACAGCCAGGAGCAGCCCUGCCACAACGAGCCCCUCGUCAGCUGCCCAGGGCUCGGGGAGUCGCAAAAGAGCUGCACCGGGCCACAAGUCAUUUGCCUCCACCUCGCAAUCCACUCUUUUGGGGUCUAGGAGGAAAAUGCGGGCCUGA